UUUUUUUUUUUUUCCUUGCCUGCUUUUGCUUUCUCUUCCCUCUCAUUUUCUCUCUCUUUUGAUCUCUGACCUAAUUAACCCUCUGAUCAAAUAUCAAAAACAAACCACACACCACCGAAUUCACUGGCCUCUAUCUAAAAAUCCUCGAGAGAUCCAUCCAUCUAGGUUUAGUGGGUCUUCCUCUUCAUCAUCCAGCUUGUACCACACACCACCUGGCUAUUCCUCCAUCCGUCUAAUUUUUGUGCCUCACACACUGAUUGAGUGCUUCUUCCUAGGACUCUUUAAUUAACACAAAGCACACACGCACGCACGUACAUAUACACAGAAGUUUUUGACGACUGAUCUUGAGCUAGCUAGGCCGGUCGAAAGAUCGAGGAAGUAUAUAGAAAGAAGAGAAGAGAAGAGAGUUCUAGCUAGCCUAGCUGUAUUAUAAAGAGAGAGCUCUCGAUCGAGGGUAGUGUGAAUUUUUUGUUUUGAGAAGUGACUCGGGCUGAUCGAUAAAGAUGACUCCGGCUAAUUUGGCAGGACAGUUCGGUGAUACCACUUACACCAAGGUGUUUGUUGGAGGGUUGGCUUGGGAGACCCAGAAGGAAACCAUGAAGAAGUACUUUGAACAGUUUGGUGAGAUCUUGGAGGCUGUUGUUAUUACUGACAAGGCCACUGGGAGAUCUAAAGGCUAUGGAUUUGUUACUUUUCGAGAACCCGAAUCCGCCAUGAGAGCUUGUGUUGAUGCUGCUCCUGUGAUAGAUGGUCGGAGGGCUAAUUGCAAUCUCGCUUCUUUGGGUGUUCAGAGAUCCAAACCUUCCACACCAAAGAAUGGAGGAGCAGGCAGGAACUUUAGGGUAAUGGGCUCUUUUCAGACAGGGUUUGGAGGGGGAGUGGGAACAACUUUUCCUUCAGCAGCAACCUUCCCUCAUUAUGCCAUCCAACAAGGAAUACCUUACAAUCUUUAUGGGUACUCUCCAUACUCUCCAGAUUACAGUUAUCCCACGAGCUACUAUAGCGUGUAUGGAGGUACAACAGCCCAAUUUCCCAUGUACGGAACCGGGCAUGGCGGAAUGAUCACCGGCGCAGCUGCAUCGGGGGGCUUCUACCCGUAUCUCCAGUUCGGAGAAGGAAGUGGUGGAGCUGCCAAUGGCUACGCUUCUGGACAGGGUUAUGGUGUCAAUUACCCACAUCACUUGUUUCAGUACUCGGCCAUCAACUCAAGUGGGGGUUACCCACAGCAUUAUGGUGCACCCAUGUCUCUUGCACCUACGCCGGCCUCGCAAUCAGUUUGUUUUGCUGUGCCUCAGGCGUGACCAUGGCACUUCCUGCACCAAUACCUCAUCGCUAGAGAUUCAUCAUCUCAGUACUACAUGCAUCAGCUACAUGUAUCAAAAUUCCCAGUUGCUCCUUGAAGUCUCAAUUCAACCUUCGGCCUAACCAUGGUUCUCUCUGUCACUCUGUCAGUGUCUAACAUGCACAAGCCCAUUCUUGUCAUUUGGGCUUUUGCACACAUCUAUGGCCCCCAAUAGGGGCUAUAAAAAUCACCUCCAGAAUUGGUGGGUGUCAUGCAUUUUUCCCCUUCUGCAUCUUUUUUGAAAAAAGGGUUCCUUGAAGAGAACCAAAAGCAUUUGUGUAACCACCAACUCAAGCUAUUUGGAAUUAGCUUAGUUGGGAUAUAGUUUUUGAAUCCUUGGCCCUGGAAAGGCUGAGUAGAAAGAAAACUACUUUGUAACUUUAGCCCAGGAAAGGCUAAACAAAAAUCAUAAUAUGGUUUGCAAAAACUGUAAAUUUGAACAACUUAUACUGCGAACCUUUCACUCUGAAAAUUUUAAGUUUUGGAAUGGCUAAUCCCUCCAACUUCAGCUAAUCGCCUCUGAUGAUCAAAGAGGCAGUUUUAGCAAAAUCAGGGGCGCAUGGAAUGGCGCCCCGGCUUUUUUGUCUGUUAACAUAGCUAGUCUCUUAAGAAUUUAGUGCUAGGACCAGUGAUCAUGUCUUUAAAAUUACUGCUUUUAUCAACUUCACUUCAACUUUUUCAACUUUUAAGUAGUGCGUCUAAUCAACUAUCUUCCCUUUGGGUAAGGGGAGGCAAUCAUUAACUCUAGUUUUUUUUCUUUUUUUUUCUUUUUUGGUACUUGGUAAAUUCAUUGUGGCUAGACAAGGGAGUUUUAGCCCCAUUUUAACUGAAAAAAAAAACGAACUUUAGGAGGGAUAGUGUUUGUUUUUAUGCAUUUAGGUUUUAAUGUCAUCCUUUUGAGAGCUCCAUCUAUGGAUGUGGAGCUAGCUCAAAGCAUCUGCAUGAAACCCGGGGAGAUAUUUUGGUUCCCUUGGGUUCUUCUCCACUGACCCACCAACCAUGGUUAGGACUUAGGUCGAUUCUCUUCAAUCUCUCCCAUCUUUCAUCAUCACCAUCACCACCAGAGCAUUACCAUCCUCUCUCUCUCUCUCUCUCUCUCUCUCUCUCUCUCGGAACGGAACUUGCUACUCUUUAAUUAUAUGUAUAAGCCUAUGGAUUGGAUUGUAAGUAGGAUGCUACUUAUGACGACUAAGGUUCACUCUCCAUCCAUUGCUGGUUGAGAGUGGAUAUGAUACUUAAUUCUACUAUGCUUUUAAUUUGAGACUGUAAUGCUUACUUUUGCCA